AUGGCUUCCCUUGGCGUUUUGGACCAGCUUACUACUUGGAAACCGAGUGAGAAUACACCCUACGGAAUCAUCCCCGUGAUAGUGGGAUUCCUGAACUGUUACAGAGCCAGGAAAUGCUACCACUUAGGCUUCUCAGAGUGUGAUAUGAAAAGAACGGAGGACGAUAAGUGGGCUCAGGACGGCUACAGCAAUCUGUCACCACAGCCUCUCCGUCGAGCAGAAUCCACCAGGAAAAUGCACACUCUUGGUGCUCGUGAUACAAAUGGCUUAGCAACCCAAACUCAGCUAGUAGUCAUCGCACCCAAUCUGAUGACCCCUCAGAGAAUUUCUUACUUGCUGUUUGUGCCUCGAUCGGCUGCCAACCAUGGAUCCAUAUCGAUCAGUUCCAGCGUUAUUGCGAUCGCAACAUUAGCCGCUCAAGUUGCUGACCUAGGAGUGCUCCUCCUGGAAUUUGCCUUCGUGGUGAAAAAGCGACAGACCUUCCUAGAGAAGAGAAUAUCCUCCAAUCCACAUCUCUUGAAGCAGGCGAAUGCCAAGCUGAAUGAGCUGAAGGCGAUUGUAUAUAAGCUCAUUGCUGAUCAGUCCUCAGACAGUCUUAUGGAAGCUGGCUUCUUCUCCUGUUUUCCUUCCCGAGUUAACUCACGACUGGAGGAUAUGCUUCAAGAGCGCAGCAGUGCCGCCAGCUCGGAUGGUAGCUUUGCAGAUGCAUCGGAGUACCUGUCUAUAUGCUGA